AUGACCAACUAUUUGUACGCAAUUCGACCAUUUACCAAUACCACCUUAAACAACACCACUACUUUAGAUAAUGCUUUUAGAAUCCGGUUAAUGUUUAGUCGUGUUUCUACUUUGCAAAACUGGCCACAAACAGAGCGCCUCCAUACGUCGAGGCGAGUUUAUAUUUGCCAUCGUCACCAGUUAAUAUCCGAUCAACAAGGACCAAUAAUCAUGUCACGAAUACUCACUCCCACCACGGGACUCUCUCCACAAGAUAUCAAAGCAAUUACUCGUCGACUCAUGAGCCUUGCGAGAGAGAUGGAUAGCAACCCUAUAAAUCGUGAAGCUAGAGUUUUAACCAUCGGUCUUGCUCUUGUUACGGCCACAACCAGAUACUCUGAUGAUCACAGGAUACGCGAACAGUCGUUUCUGGGGAGUAUUCCAGCCAGUAAGGAAGUUAUUCAGAUGUUGGAAAAAGUGGCGGUCGAGGAGUGUAUAGAGUCAAUGAGGGAGUGCACCAUUUGUUUCGAAGAGUUUCAGUUUGAUGUUGAGAAUGUGCGGUUACCUUGUGGGCAUGUUUAUCAUCAAAACUGUAUAGCCAAGUGGCUGGAGAUAAGCCAUAUGUGCCCCUUGUGUCGGUACCAGAUGCCGUGCUCUGAAAACUAG